AUGUACAGACCUCCACGACCGGUCCUGUACGGCCUGCGACGAGGCCUCCCUCGACCCUUCCGAACCUAUGCCAGUACUCCCGAGCCAGCUCUUCGGACCGCGCUCUUCUUCCCUGGUCAUGGAGUACAGAGAAAAGGCAUGACGAGACCCUGGGUGGAAGCCUUUCCUAGAACAUGCAAACCAUUCCUAGAGGAGAUGGACGACAUUCUUCAUUGCAAACUCUCCACCCUCAUCGAUGAAGGUCCCAUAUAUAUGCUGGACAAAACGGAAAAUGCGCAACCUGCGAUAAUGGCGGUGUCGGUCAUGAUCCUGAGGGUGCUCGAGCACGAGUUUGGAUUCAAGACGGACGAGGUGAUUAAUGUCACGCUGGGUCACAGUCUGGGAGAAUACGCUGCCCUCGUUGCGGCUGGGAAUCUGGAAUAUGCAUAUGCCCUCGACCUGGUUCGGAAACGAGGCGAGGUCAUGGGAGAAUGCACGAGAAAGGCCAAGGAAGAGUCGGGUGAAGACUUUGGCAUGGUGGCCCUCGUUUGCGAGCCGGAGCAGCUGGAGUCACUGAUCGCAGCGGUGAAAGAGUUCCUCAGUCAAGGAGCUGAAGGUACCAAAGAUGACUCGAGUGCCCUACCAGCCAUUCAACAGGUCUCCCUCGCCAAUGCCAAUUCCAAGAAUCAAAUUGUCCUCAGCGGCAGCUUUCAACGCAUUCGCAACCUGUUAGUCCACAUCCGAGAAUUUGGCGGACAUGAUCCCAGGGCAGUCGAGCUGAAGUCACGAUCGGCGUUUCAUAGUCCGAUCAUGAUGCCGGCUUAUGAAUUCAUGAAGAAAGCUUUAGAUCCCGACAAAGUGACAUUUCCUGGCCGGGUGCCCUGCAUCAGCAAUGUGACCGCGCGUCCAUUCAGCUCGAAGGAAGACCUCAAAAACAAUCUUGCUAGGCAAGCCAUCGACACCGUUUUGUGGUGGGACUCGAUCAAGUACUUGGACAGAGAAGCAGGAACCCGUCGAUACCUCGGGCUUGGACCAGGAAAAGUUGGUCGAAACCUUGUGUCAAAGGAAGUUGGUCGAUCAUCAGCAAAGGGCGGUGGUGUCUGGUCCAUCACUGAACCCUCGGAAAUAGAACCCAGUCUGCGAGCUUUGGAAGAAACUGCAAGAGAAGAUGAAGGUAAAAGUGAGCAGGAAGCGUGA